AUGGCAAGCGUGAAAGCAUCUUUGGACGAUGUGGUGCAAUCAUGCAAAGGAACUGCCAGCAGCUACGCUUCUGAGAAAUUCGAAGACGUCAAGGCAGUCCGAGGUGACCUGAAAGAAGCUCUUUGCAAGCUUUCCGGAUCAGAGGAACUCGUCGACUGUGUGAGAAAACCUGCUUCGAAGCUCAGCAACGCAUAUGAAAUGGUUGGAAGCGUCGUUACGAGCCCUUUUGGCAGCAAGCAGACUGGAUCAUCUCGGGCAUCACCAGCUCCGACUGCCGAAGCCGGAACGCGUCAAUAUGCGCAGUCUACUACAAGUAGUCAUGCUGAGGUGGUCGUCCAUGAUUUCGUUAUUUCCUUAGUAUAUGACUUGAGCAGUACUGUCGAGUCUAAGUAUGCUUCCGCUCAAUCUAAGCUGUCUUCAGUGAAGCCUCGGAUGUCCUCCAUUGGUUCGACGAUUCGCAGCAAUGCCCACUCGAUUAUGGACCAACUCAUAUCUCCAGACAAACAUGAGACUAGCUCCGACACAGCGUCUCCUAUGCCAUCUCUUGCUGGUUCGAGCAUGUACGAAGCUAUAGAGUCAGUGUCCAGUCUCAAGGACCUUGAGCUUCAAUACGACCUUGCUUUCGCCAAAACCGCCUUCAAUUCUGUCAAUAUAUUUUACUGGAACGUAUACCUCAAACGUAGCGAAGAGGAGAGGGAACAGGGCCUUCGACUGAAUCGCUUGCGCGCAGCGCUCAGUCAAAUCCGGGCUUCUUGUCAUGCCUUUGACGAGAUGAAGGUGUUGGCUGAACGUGGUCAUGACAGCUUUGUUACUGCUAAGCAUUACAUCGACAACCACGAGGCUAUGGUAAAAUCAGACCCUGUCUCUGGCCCAACCUUUUUGCGGGAACAACUCGAGGUUAUAAAGAACGAGUUAAAAUCCAGCGACAGAGCUUUGGGUGAGAGGAAGAGACUCAAGGAGCAGAUCAGAAGAAAUGCGUGGACGCAAAAUGAGAACGCGACCGAUGUAGUGGCUCCGUGGGUCAUCAAAGAGUUGCAGCUGUAA